AUGAUUGAGCAGCUUGUUUUAGCAGGAUUUGGCCUCACUUCUUAUUAUUAUUUUCAUGUGGUACCGAAAUGGCUGAACAGAAGAAGCUUCGUUGAGAAUGUCGAUCCUACAGAUACAGACGUUCUUAAUCUAGAAAAUGUCGAUUUGAAUAAUGAUUGUAAAUUAAGUGAGAACGAAACAAGUGCUAAAAAGAAGUUCAAUUUUAUCGAUAAAGUUGUGAAAAAAUGUGCUCCAGGAGUGUUUCAUAUUUAUAUAACAAAUACAAAAAGCAACACUAAACAAGAUAUUGGAGCUUCACCUUUCGUUUAUGGUUCAGGAUUCGUGGUAAGAAGAGAUGGCUGGGCUUUAACAAAUGCACACGUCGUCCUUAACAAAGAUUCUUUCAUUUCUUGCAAAAUGUCCGAUGGAACGAUUUACAAUGCAGAAGUUGUUGACAUAGAUGUGAACGUAGAUGUCGCUCUUCUCAAACUGGACACAGAUAAAGAGCUAACUGCUCUGCCAUUGGAAGAACCUGGUGUUGUAGAUGUUGGCGAGUGGGUGGUUGCUCUUGGAAGUCCGUUAUGUUUGAGUAAUUCAAUAUCUGUUGGUGUUGUGAGUUCUGUUAAUAGAUCAGCUAAGGAACUAGGACUGAAGAACUAUUCGAUGUCUUAUAUACAAACGGAUGCUCUGAUUACUUUUGGUAAUUCGGGAGGCCCUUUGGUGAAUAUUAACGGCAAAGUUAUCGGGAUAAGCAGUUUGAGACUGACUUCUGGAAUAUCAUUCGCCAUCCCCAUUGAAUAUUGUUUGAAAUUUUUGAGGAAUUGCAGGACUUUCAACCCCCCUAAAGGUAUGCAUAACUACGAAGUUGAGGGUGAAAUGACCCUCUUUGGUCUUACCACCAUUCCUAUCACUUCGAGUUUGUUGAUAGACCUCAUGCAGAAGCAACUUUUAACUUUUCCAAAAAACGUGGAUGAAGGUCUUCUGGUUUGGAAAGUGUUGGAGAGCAGUUUGGCUCAAGAGUACGGUCUGUCUGCUGGUGAUGUCAUAACGCAUAUCGAUGGGGUUCCUGUCAAGUAUGCUGCAGAUCUUUAUAAGACGAAAGGAAAAAUGGGAAAUGUUGAAUUUGUAGUAAUUAAAAAGUCAACACAGGAAGAAAUAGUAUUAAAUAUACCAUUGAAUAAACAUUCGGAAUAA